AUGCCUCGAAUCACGUCCACCAAACGCCGCGCGACAUCGCCUGUCCGACCACCCAGCACCACACCAGCGAAGAAGCCUCGGACGAGUACCACCAAUGAAGAGGAGCAUGGCGUGAAUGACAUCCCCAUUGCCGAGAGACACGGCAUCAUCCAACGCGCCUUCUACCCACCCGAGAUGAGCAACCAACGAUGCGCUCAAUACAACAACAAUGAAAUCCCUCGACCCAUUGACCUCCUCCAUGCCACUCUCCACUCCACCCAAGCCGCGCGCUCGAAGAUUGCCGCUUCCGAGACCGUCGUGCACUGGUUCAAGCGCGACUUGCGCCAGUCCGACAACCGCGCCCUCGAAGCUGCAAGCAAACUCGCUAGGAAACACGAUGCCCACUUAGUGUGCAUGUUCAUUGUCUCGCCAGAGGAUUAUCAGGCGCAUUUGACGAGUGCGGCGAGAGUGGAUUUCGAUCUGAGGACGUUGGAUGUCUUGAAGAAGGAUCUUGCGGAGAAGAAUAUCCCGCUAUAUGUGCAUACGGUGGAGAGGAGGAAGGAUGUGGUUGGGCAUAUUUUGGGCAAGAUGGAGGAUUGGAAGGCGAGGUAUUUGUUCUGUAAUAUGGAAUACGAGGUGGAUGAGCUGAGGAGGGAAGUGAAGCUGGUCAAGCAAGCUCUGGAGAAGGGGAUGAGUGUGGACGUCUUGCACGAUGAUGUGGUGGUUGCUCCUGGCGCCCUGAAGACGGGAGCAGGAAAGCAGUAUUCCGUAUAUUCUCCUUGGUAUCGAUCGUGGAUGAAGCAUAUUCGCGAACAUCCUCACCUCCUCAAACCCAGCGAACCACCCCAGCCCAAUCCAUCCUCCGCUCAACAGAAGUUUGCCCACAUCUUCUCCUCGAAAAUCCCAUCCGCACCUCCCAAUAAAGUGCUCUCCCCAGAGCAUCAAUCUCGCCUCGCUUCAAUCUUUCCGGCCGGUGAACACGAAGCGCAGUCCCGUUUAGAUCGUUUUCUCUCCACCAAAGUCCGUGCUUACAAAGACGAACGCAACAUCCCUUCUGCGCAAUCCACCUCCCUCCUGUCAGUUCACUUUAGCGCCGGAACCCUCUCCUCUCGCACUGCGAUCCGGUCUGCAGUCUCCCUACACUCCUCCCCCGAGAAACCCGCACUCGAUUCCGGCCCCGAAGGAAUCAAGACCUGGAUCUCAGAAAUUGCCUGGCGAGACUUUUACAAACAUGUCCUUGCCCACUGGCCCUACGUGUGCAUGUCCAAACCCUUCAAAUACGAAUACUCGGACAUUGAAUGGGAAUACAACGACGACCUCUUCACCAAAUGGAAAGACGGCAUGACGGGCUUCCCCAUCGUCGACGCCGCCAUGCGCCAAUGUAAACACAUGUCCUACAUCCACAACCGCUGCCGCAUGAUUGUCGCCUCCUUCUUCGCCAAAGAUCUCCUUUUGGAUUGGCGACAGGGCGAAAUCUACUUCAUGGAACACCUCAUUGACGGAGAUUUCGCCUCCAACAAUGGCGGAUGGGGUUUCUCCGCUUCCACCGGUGUAGACCCUCAACCAUAUUUCCGCAUUUUUAACCCUUUAUUACAGAGUGAGAAAUUUGAUCCCCAAGGAGAGUAUAUUCGGAAAUGGAUCCCCGAGUUACGUGAUGUCAAGGGUAAGGCUAUACAUGAUCCUUAUGGGAGAGGAGAGGGGAAGGUGGCGGAGAAGAAUGGCUAUCCGAGACCUAUGGUUGAUCAUAGUAAGGCUCGAGCGAAGGCUUUGGAGAGAUAUAAGGAGGGGUUGGGGAGGGGGACGGCGAAUGUGGGUGGUGGAGUACAUAAUUGAGGAUUUGAUGGACUUUUUUUUUCUUUUCUUUUCUUUUCUUUUCUUUUUGGAUUUGGGAUUGACUGGUUCGAUUAAAUGUUGUAAACACUCUCUCUCUCUCUCUCUCUCUCUGGGGCAGACUGGACCAGGGAUCUUAUUAUUACG